UUGGCUGUGUACUGGGCUGUGCAGAACUAGGGGUAGGAUCUGAGUGUGUUUAUAUAGCCCAGGCAAACCCGCUCUCUGGCCCAUUCCCUCUAAGCCAGAGAAUACAACCCUACCAGGACCGCUGGCAAGGGAUUGUUUAGCAUCUAACAAGAGAGAGAGAGAAAGAGAGAGCGAGACAGAGAGAGAAAACAGAGAGCGAUAGAGAGUCAGAAAGAGAACAUACACAUAUAGAGGAAGCCAGAGAGAUAGAGUGGUCAACAGAGACACAUAGGAGGAAAGAUAGAGAUUGAAAGAAAGAGAAAGAGGUCGAGAGAGAGACAGAGAGAGAGAAAGAAAGAGUCGAAGAAAUAGGUCUGAGAUAUUAAACACACAAUCCCAUUUACCUCUCUCUCAACAUACUCACACACAUUGUGAGACAGAGAGAAAGCAGACAAAACUCACCACACAAAGUCUCUGACAGAUAGAUAGACCUCAACACAGACAGACACUCUCUGAGACAGACGGACGGCAAGCAGCAUGUUUCUGUGGCGGCUCCCCCAGGCAGCGUGUCUGGUGUUGGUGUGUGUGUCGCUGACUCUUGGGUACGAAGACGAUAUAGAGGUGAACUAUGGUGACAGCUACUACAACGAGAUCACAGAGGGAGAGCCACUGGAGCCCACAGCUACCCCAGCCCCGGGACCCUGUAAGGCUACAGACAUGACUAAAUGGGACAAGCUCUUCUCCAUGCUGGAGAACUCUCAGAUGAGGGAGAACAUGCUUCUGCAGUUCUCCGAUGACAUCAUCAAGGUGGAAUUGGGGUCGCUGCGUGGAGAGAUGCUAAGGUUCGUGGCUCAGUACGGAGGGGCCUGUGGCGUUGCGGUGGAGACCGCUGGGCGGAGGAUGUCCAUGCAGAUGGAGGCUCGCCUCAGGGAGAGCAUGGAGCAUCUCAGACAGGAUCGAAGCACUGAUGCUGUGAAUUCAGCUGGGAAUAGCCAUCAGGAAAAGCUGUUACAGCAGCUUCUAACUGAAGUGAGGACACAGGCUAUCCAACUUAUCAAGCUGGAAAACAUCUGCCUGAGUAAUCCAGAGGCUAAGGGGGAAAACUUGCAGCAGGAAGUGGCAUCAGCAGAGAUGCUGGUUGCCGUGGUGACAGAGCUGGCGAAGACGAGGGCAGUGCUAGAGCUCGCGCUCAAGUCGGCACAGCAACGACACCUGCCUGCAGGCUGUGAGACCGCUCUUCUCUUCCCUAUGCGUUCCCGUCGUAUCUUCUCCUCGGUGACACCAGACCUCCCUCUCUCCCUCUCUUCCUUCACCGUGUGCCUGUGGGCCAAGCCCGUCUCCGUCUCCAACAGAACCGUGCUGUUUUCCUACGGAACCAAACGGAACCCCUAUGAGAUACAGCUCCUUCUUAGCGGAACAAGGGCUCUCUUCACCGUGGGAGGAGAGGCUCACCUGGUGGAGGCACGGGGAGUGGUGAAAGGAGGAGGAGUUUGGACCCACCUAUGUGGGGCUUGGAGCUCUGAGCAGGGCAUAGCGUCACUAUGGGCCGAUGGACACAGAGUGGCAUUCACACCCGGGGUGGCCGAGGGCCACAUGUUACCGGAUGGAGGCUCACUCCAGCUGGGGCAGGAGAAGAACGACGGUGGGGUCUCUGGAGGGUCAGGUGGCAGUGGGAGUCAGAUGCCUGGGUUUGAGGGAGGCUUCGAUGCCAAGUUGGCAUUCGCUGGGAAGAUGACAGGGGUGAACAUGUGGGACCGUGUGCUGACGGAGGAGGAGAUAUCCCAGCUGGCUUUGCAAGACGGCGAGGGGUGUGAGCAGAGGGGGAAUGUAGUUGGGUGGGGCUUGACGGAGAUUGUGCCUCACGGGGGUGCUCAGUUCAUCAACUAACUCUGAUGACGUUUUCAUCAUCAUCAUCAUCGUUUAAAUCAACUCUAUCAACUUCAUCAUCAUAAUCCUCAUCAUCUUCAUCCUAAUCAUCAUCAUUUAAAUUAACUAUCAUUAUCAUCGUUUAAAUCAAUUCUACAUCUUCAUCAUCAUCAUAAUCAUCAUCAUUUAAAUGAACUAUCAUUUUCAUCAUCAUAAUCAUCAUCAUUUAAAUGAACCAUCGUUUUCAUCAUGUAAAUGAACUUUCAUCAUUUAAAUUAACUAUCAUCAUCUUCGUCAUCACCAUUAUAAACUAACUCUGCUGCCCUAAGACCUGCAGUGCAGAACAGCCCGACCGGCUGAGACUGCAACAACAAUGUGAACAUGAACAACAACACCAGCUCUCUUUAAUGGCUAAAGAGACUGGAGAAGAAUGUGCCCUGUUAGAGGAGUGUUUCCCAUUUAGAGAAGCAGUGGUAACACACACACAAACACACACACACACACACACACACACACACACACACACACACACACACACACACACGGUGAGAAGCAUUAGUAUACAUAGUCUAAGGAGUAGAAGUGGAACAAACAUAAUUUACCACAGAUAUAAAGAGAAAAAUGAAAAGGAAAGAACAGAGGUGAGAGAGACAAAAAGAUGCUUUGGGUCAACUGUCACAAAACCAGUCUGCAAGUGUCAUCACUAGAUGGCCAUGCUAGAGAGGACCAAAUUGGCUAUAUCAUCAGCAGUGCAAGUACGUUAGCUGUUUGUUAUUAAUGGAGUGUUAGGGUUAAGGGGUAAGGUAAAUGAGAAAGGGUUGAGGUUUGGGUUAGUUGUUAAAGUGGAAUUUCUGGCUAAAAAAAACACGUUACCUUUGUCCUCUCUAGCAUGGCUACGUAGUGACAACUAUCUGCAAGCUGCCAUAGGAGGUUUUAAUCAUUCUAUUACCUUAUAAUCUUAUGCUUCCGGCAAAAGUAAAUUUUUUUCCAAGCGUUGUUUCCAACUUUGUAUUUAUCAAAGUGUUUACAUUCAGAUGUGAAAAACAUAAUAUUUUUGUUGUUUUAUGUUUUGCUUAGUUUUCCAUACACCCAGAGGUCUUUCCAUACACCCAGAGGUCUUUCCAUACACCCAGAGGUGUUUCUAUACACCCAGAGGUAUUUCCAUACACCCAGAGGUCUUUCCAUACACCCAGAGGUCUUUCCAUACACCCAGAGGGGUUUCUAUACUCCCAGAGGUCUUUCCAUACACCCAGAGGGGUUUCUAUACACCCAGAGGACUUUCCAUACACCACCCAGAGGUCUUUCCAUACACCCAGAGGUCUUUCCAUACACCCAGAGGUCUUUCCAUACACCCAGAGGUGUUUCCAUACACCCAGAGGUAUUUCCAUACACCCAGAGGUAUUUCCAUACACCCAGAGGUCUUUCCAUACACCCAGAGGUCUUUCCAUACACCCAGAGGGGUUUCUAUACACCCAGAGGUCUUUCCAUACACCCAGAGGGGUUUCUAUACACCCAGAGGACUUUCCAUACACCACCCAGAGGUCUUUCCAUACACCCAGAGGUCUUUCCAUACACACAGAGGUCUUUCCAUACACCCAGAGGUCUUUCCAUACACCCAGAGGGGUUUCUAUACACCCAGAGGUCUUUCCAUACAACCAGAGGUCAUUCCAUACACCCAGACGGGUUUCUUCUCCUUGAAAUGGGUGCCAAUGGAUGAUGCAAUAAGAUUACUUAGUCCCUGUUUGUUUCGCAUCUCAUUUGAGACAGAAACACUUGAUUUGAAAAGCGGAACUGUGGACAAUUUUUACAGAAUCUGUUACAACGAUCUCUGCUCUUUCUUAACGUAGUAGUCCAAUGUGUAUCAUAUUGUAAAUUGUUUUGUGUUUUUGUCAAGAAGUAAAAAUGAAUGUAUUUUGUAUAUAAAUAUUUUUUGGCAUACAGUAUGACUAAAAAUGGAGAAGAAACGAGAAACAAGAAUAAAAUGACAUGUUAACAUUAA